AGUUGUACAUUUUUAUCCAUAAUAAUUUUUGUCAUACUAGGUAAUAGAACUCAAUUGACUGCUCUCAAUUCUGCUUCCUUUUUUUCAACCCAAAAUUCUAGGGCUUGUGUCUUUUACUAAUUACUCCUCAGUUCUCUCUCUCUCUUUCUUCUCAUAUCCUCAUACGGGACACUCUAUUGCGGAAAUCUCUGAAUAAAGCUACGGCAGUAUGCCCUCAAAUACCAAAAGCGCGAAUCGGGAGGAACCCAAUGCUUAUAAUGGUCCACGUUCCGCUGUGUAUUCUGAACCUUGGUGGAAUAGUACUGGUUAUAAUCCUGUUUCCCCUGGGUUGACGAGGGGAACUGCAUCAGAUUCGUCGUCAUUGGAACAAUCUAUGGAUGGCCAAUCACAGUCUGAUGGUGGAAUCAAUGAGGAGGAGGAGGAUGCUCCUGAAAAAUCACAAAGUAUUAUACCUUUGCAUGCAGAUGGGAGUUACGGGCAAGCGGAUCAAAAUUUUCAGCCAGCUGCGCCAACCAUACCUCCAAAACUUGAUGGCACCCUAACGCAGACCCAACAGCUUGAACUUGUUGGGCACUCUAUAGCCUGUGCUCCUAAUCCGUACGUUGAUCCAUACUAUGGUGGGAUGAUGACAGCUUUUGGCCAGCCUUUGGUUCCUCCACAUGUACUUGAUAUGCACUAUGCAAGGAUGCCCUUGCCACAUGAAAUGGCUCAAGAACCUGUUUAUGUUAAUGCCAAGCAGUAUCGAAGGAUCCUGCAGCGACGACAGUCACGUGCCAAAGCAGAACUUGAAAAGAAGCAGAUAAAAGCUAGGAAGCCAUAUCUUCAUGAGUCUCGACAUCAGCAUGCACUGAGAAGGGCAAGGGCUUCCGGAGGACGUUUUGCCAAAAAGACAGAUGCUGAUGCUUCUAAGGGAACUGGUUCUGUGAGUUCAUCGGGUUCUGAACCUUUGCAGUUCAAUGCUGCUGAUAUUCAAAAUAGGCACGAAAAUGGAAGGUUGGCCGAGCUUCAGCAUUCUUAUUCAAAUGGUAGCAGUUAUGGAAAUCAAAGUAGCUUUCAGGAAUCAAAAGAUGAGUACCAGUCUGCUGAAAGCAGGGAAGGAGGUUCCUCUGGCAAGUAAUUGGGGAUACGUUCGUGUCUAAACCAGCUUUUGCACUGCAACGAGGUUUGAGUAUGGACAGAAAGUUUUACAGUUAUUGUUUCAUUUCUUGGCUUCUUCAAGCUGGGCGGCAAAUCAUUCUUGGCUUUUACUUUAGUGUUAACGGGAGCAUAGAGACAACGAGCGUUGCAGCAUUGCUUGGAAAUCUACUUCUUCCCUUCUGUACAAAUAGAUGGAGUAGUUGUUUAGUAGGCUUAUAGUUGGCCAUUUACUGCAGUUUAGAAGACCAUGUAAAGGGGUUGUUUGGUUUGUAUACUUGUCUUAUUUCCUUUCACUACUGUUGCAGAAAUUUAGAAUUUGGUUUGAUUAGGGAGCUAGAUAUGGUAGGAUACAAUGGCAGAUUUGAGGUGAAUGGUCCAAUGAUGUGUUACUUUGUUUAUUUUCUUGAGGUUUAAUUUACCUGUUCAAUGGUUAA